ACCCGUGGGAGCCGCUUUCAAUGCCUAAGUGCGCUGCACGUACUUCCAAUCAAAGGGUCCCAAGGUCAGGCUCUCAGGGCCAGAGCCAACCGCAAAGAGCCUAUUGCCUGUUGUCCCGCCCUCCCGUGCUUCCGAUUAGCGAGUUUCAAACUCGCAGGAGCCAAUGAGAACGCGCGAACGCGCGGCGCAAGUUCUUGGCUCCCGGCGCAGCGUUUGAAGAAAAACUGUCACCAAGAGUCAUGGUGGGGCCCCGGCCAGCCGCCGCUGCUGCAGUCGAAGAGCGGCAGAGAAAGCUUCAGGAGUACCUUGCGGCUAAGGGAAAACUGAAGAGCCAAAACACCAAGCCUUAUCUAAAAUCCAAGAAUAAUUGCCCGAAUCCAUCACCUUCUAAAUCUACUAUUAGACCCAAAAAUGAUGUUACCGACCAUGCUGUUUUGCCUGUCAAACCUAAAAGGUCCAUCAGCAUUAAACUCCAGCCCAGACCACCUAAUAUUACAGCGUCCCAGAAGCUGAAGUUGGAGCCACCAAAACUUCUAGGCAAAAGGCUGACUUCAGAAUGUGUUUCUUCUAACCCAUACUCUAAGCCUUCUAGUAAGAGUUUUCAACAGCAUGAAGCUGGAUCAUCCACAACAGAACUGUCAAGAAAACUUGUGGGGUCACUUAAUAUAGAACAAUUGAAAACUACAAAGCAGCAGGUAACAGAUCAAGGAAAUGCUAAAUGUACGGACUCUAUGAAUAAUACCCAUGCUGAAAACAAAUCUUUGGUUUACUUUCUAAAAGAAACAAACAAAGAGAACCUGCCCCAAACUUUAUCAGAACCUGAGAGGAAGCCAGAUCCUAAAUUACAUACCACAAGUAAGCCAAAGAUUGACUCUUAUAAUCAAACCAAGAACAGUUUAGCUCCUAAGCCAGCCUUGGGCAAAAGUUCAGUUAAUAGUGCUGUUCUGAAAGACAGAGUUAAUAAACAAUUUGUUAGAGAAACACAAAGCAGGACUCUCCCAGUAAAAUCACAGCAAAUCUCUAGAGGAGCAGAUCUUGCAAGACCAGGAGUAAAACCUUCAAGGACUGUUCCCUCUCACUUGAUUCAGACCCUUAAUAAGGUUCAGCCAUCAAAGAAACCAGUGGUCAAGAACAUCAAAGAUAUAAAGGUGAAUAGGGGUAAAUAUGAAGGAACAAAUGAAACUAAGUUACGGUCAUACCCUGUUACUGAACAGAGAAUGAAACAUACCAAACCCAGAACAUACCCCAAUUUGCUUCAGGGUGAAUGUAACAAUAGACAUCCAAACAUCAAGCAAGAUCCGAAGUCCACCCAACCUUCUUGUAUACCUCAGACAUCAUGUAUACUGCAAAAAUCGAAAGCCAUAAGCCAGAGGCCUAAGUUGACAGUUGGCAGAUUUAAUUCAGCUAUUCCAAGCACCUCUAGCAUAAGAGCAAAUGGAACCAUUAAACGUAAUAAUAAUGGCUUUCAACAAACAGCACAAACUUUGGACUCCAAGUUGAAAAAGGCUGUUCCUCAGAACCAUUUUCUGAACAAAACAGCUCCCAAAACUCAAGCUGGUGUCACAACCAUAAAUGGGACCCAAACAAACCCAAAUAUUAAAAAGGCAACAGCGGAGGAUCGCAGGAAACAACUAGAAGACUGGCAGAAAUCUAAGGGAAAAAUCUAUAAACGGCCUCCUAUGGAACUUAAAACAAAAAGAAAAGCAAUAAAGGAAAUGAAUAUUUCAUUCUGGAACAGCAUUGAAAAAGAAGAGGAAGAAAAGAAAGCACAAUUCGAACUGUCUAGUAAAAUUAACAACACUCUGACAGAAUGUCUGAACCUCAUCGAAGGGGGUGUACCUUAUAAUGAAAUACUUAACGUAUUGUCCAGCAUUCCUGAAGCUGAAAAAUUUGCCAAAUUCUGGAUCUGCAAAGCAAAGUUGUUGGCAAGUAAAGGCACCUUUGAUGUUAUUGGGCUAUAUGAAGAGGCCAUUAAAAAUGGGGCAACACCAAUACAAGAGUUGCGGGAAGUUGUUCUUAAUAUUUUGCAAGACUCAAACAGAACCACGGAAGGAAUUACUUCUGACUCGUUAGUUGCUGAAACUAAUAUAACAUCAGUGGAAGAGUUGGCCAAGGAGAUGGAAUCUGUGAAGUCUUGUCUUUCUCCAGAAGAGAGGGAACAAGCCAUAGCAACACCCCAAAUAGCCAAGGCAGAACAGCAUAAUUAUUCUGGAAUCAAGUUACAGAUUGGUCCAAUCCCUAGAAUAAAUGGGAUGCCGGAAGUGCAAGACAUGAAGCUUAUCACUCCUGUACGGCGUUCAUCGAGGAUCGAGCGAGCAGUGUCCCGCUACCCAGAAAUGCUGCAGGAACAUGAUUUAGUAGUGGCUUCUCUUGAUGAACUGUUAGAAGUGGAAGAAACAACAUGUUUUAUAUUUCGUAGAAAUGAGGCUUUGCCUGUAACAUUGGGGUUUCAAAUCCCUGAAUCGUAAUUUAUUGAUGCUUUUUUUAAAAAACAUGUUUUAGAGCCUCCAUAAGACAAGAAAUAUUCUUGUCCAAAUGACCUGGAAAAAAGUGUAUAAUAGAGAGGCAUCAUGGAUGCAGAUUACGGAUGCUCAGGAUUUAAGUAAUUCACUGGGCUUACUCUCAAAUUUUAUCUCCCUAUGGGAAGAUCUUUGCUUGAUGUGUGUAAGACUAGUUUGCCUGUUUUACAGUAUACAUAAAUUUCAAACUUUUGAAUGUUAAUUUACCCAACAACUGUGAUAAAAAUGUAUACUUUAAUGAUCUGCUUUAAUCCCAACAUAAUUUUUUAUAUUAGAAGGUUGGGCCCACAAUAUAAUGGGACUUUUCUUUCUGCAUCCACCUUAGCAGAUAGGGCAAGUCCUUUCACCGUGGGAAAUCUGAACUUUGAUGCUGGCUUAACAGGCUGAAUGGACCUUGACAGACGGCCAAGUCAGAACCCCUCAUUUCACAGAUGAGUUUAUACCAGUUGUGCCUUUGCUCAGAGACUGCAAAUUUAUGUGUGAUCUUUGACUUCCAUCACAGUAUUCUUGUAAAUGAGAGAGAAUUCCUGUUUUUCCUAUGCCAGGUCUCAGAUGAAACACAAUCCUGAAUUGGCAUGGUCAUCUAGCUUUUAUAUCCAAACCUAGUUUUUUGCAUUUGUUACUCAGCAACACUUCAAAUAACGAAAGGGGGCAGGGGAGAGGGGUGGGGAGUGGACACUUGCUUCUUCAUUUCUUUGCUCUGCUAGGGGAUAGCUGGCCUGAGAAGGCAGUGCAAGCCCCAGAGACUGUUAGGUUGCUUUUUCUUCCUCCUGGGCAACUACUUGUGGAAAAGUAAAAUCAGUUAUUAUGUAAAUAUAAUGUGUAGAAAAAUCUAGUCAACAAAUUUUAAAUCUUAGCUUUCUUAAUAUUUAAGUUUUAUCUUUAAAAAAAAUUAAAUUUUUAUUAGUUC